UUCUCGGGUGUCGGUAUUCUAGGAGCGGAAGCGGCUGGGCGGAUUACCACGACAUGGCUUCCUUUGGGCGGUUUGAGCCGUUCACGGAGGAGGGAGACGAAGACUUCGACUCUUAUGCGGAACGCUUUGAACAUUACGUCCGAGCUACCCAGGUCAGUGAAGACUUGAAGGUAUCAGUAUUUGUCACCGCCAUUGGAAAACAGGCCUACCGCACGCUGAAAAAUUUAUUGGCCCCGACCAAGCCGGAAGAGAAAACGUAUGCCGAACUGCUCCAGAUACUGAAAGGCUACUAUUCUCCGAAGCCUUUGGUGAUAGCGGAAAGAUUCCGGUUCAACCGUCGGUCGCAGCUGGAAAAUGAGCCAGUGGCCGCGUUUGCAUUGGAACUAAAAAGGCUGGCUGGAUCCUGUGAGUUCGGACAAUUCUUGGAUGACGCCUUACGGGAUCGAUUCGUGGCCGGACUGAGAGAUGAAACGGCACAAGCAGAGCUGCUUAAGAAGAGUACCCUGACGUUUCAAACUGCCUACGACUUGGCGAAAAGUGGGGAACUUGCUCGCACGGAAACAAGAAAAAUUCACCCAAAAGAACUCGGCGACGUGAACCUGGUACAGCAACACCCACAGCGGACCACUGGGACAAGAAAGGUCGCGAGCAAAAACACGGAGCGGCAUGCCGAAACAACGGACUGUUCCCGGUGCGGAGCAACGCAUGACGCCGCCACCUGCCCCUUUCGCAAAUUUCGAUGUCGUGCCUGCAAAAAGAUGGGACACCUGGCAAGGGUCUGCAGAACAACGCCACGUUCGGUGCACUCUCUUGAAGAGAGCACUGGCUUAGAAGACUCCGGUGACUGGGACGAUAAAAGUGGUCUUUAGGUUCCCCUGUACCCAUCGAUGGUGCACGAGAGACGUCUGACGCCGAGCAAGUCGAUGAGCAGGCAGACGAUGCCAACAAAGAACCGGUCCACCUACCGGACACUUCAUCGACAGGCGGGGACUGCGGCGGGGGCGAGUCUCAACCUUCCCAACCGG